GGGGGGGGAAAUCCAGAUAAGCAUUACCCACGACCCUCGCUUCCGGUUCGCAUUCGAAGCCCGCCGUAUGCGGGGCAGAAAGAUAAUACCAAGAGGGGGCGGAGCUUCGCGUUUUUGGUGUCCGGUCCCCACGACUUUUGCAUCAGCUACUUGCCCCGCGCGCUCAGUUGGGAACCGGAAGUGACGACCAAGAUCAGCUGCCUCACACUGUUUAAUGGUCAGGCCUACCUUGGAAACUAGGGAAAUAAGGCUGCAGUCCUUAUGAAGGCAGCGGGAGAAGAAGACAGGCAAGUGCUCUUUUAAGUGUUAGUGAGAUAAUUUGCAGUGCUCAGUGUUUUCAAGUGCAAUUUGAUCACAUACUGGCAAAUUCAGGUUGUACAAUCGAAGCUGAUUUGGACAUCUUGGCCAACAAGAUGAACACUUAGGCCACACUACAUUCCUUAGUUUUUGUUGCUGAUAUUGCUGUUUGUUUUAUUUUUUUGAUAAUUAUGUAUCAAUAGUCUCUCAUUUUCUCACACAAGUUCAAAUUUCCUUCAUUUCCACAAGAGGGUGGCAAACAAUAAGUUUUUCAAAAAUGCCUCAUUGCAGGCCUCUAUUCUUUUCUUAAGCUUAGACAAAGUUCAUUCUGCGGGUGAAGCUUGACUUCAGUUACUGAUGGUUCCUAAUAACUAGGUGUGCCUUUUUCAUUUUGCAAGCUUAAAAAAAAAGCUUUCUUCAAUAGUGUCACCUAGAAGGGUAGCCACACUAGUCUGUUGCAGCAAAACAAGUAGUAUUUAGAUACCUUGCAGCACAUCCUACUCAUAUCUACUCAGAGGUUUGCCCCACUGAAUUAAUUGGGACUUGUACCUAGAUAAGUGUUAAAAAGAGUAACAGAGUUUUUAUGACAUAAACAGUUCAUGACUGGAGUCCACUUCAUUAGACUUUUGGAAUGUUGUCCUUAUUUAAGACUCUGCAACAAAAUGUUGCAGUGUUGAAUACAAGUGUUCAGGUCUCCAAAAAUUCCAUUCCUCAUACUCUCUUAUUUUCUGUCCUCACUCACACAGUCAGCUAGCAGUUUAUGCCCAUAGAGGAUACCCAGUCCUCAUUUUGCUGUGUCAUCCCCCACCCAUACUUUUUCGGUGUUAUUGGACAGGUAUGUGUGGCCACUUUUGUUUCACCAAGAUUGGUACCCGGAGUAUUAAGAUUGCCUUUAGGAUAUACGAUAAUAGGUGUUUGAACAGGGAUGAUGCUGCUUGCUUGCCUGAAAACAGGAUGGAGGUGUAUUUGUAUGUUUGUAGAAACGUCUGUCUUUUUGAAUGGCUGGGGUGUAAUCUGCUGUACAAAGGGCAGAGUCACAUCCAUUAUUCUAGCCUCCUUUGCAUCCUGCCCUACCCAGGGAAGCCUCAGACUGAAAAAGAUUCCACAACACUUAUCUGCUCAGAAGCAAGUCUUACCAAGCUCAGUGGGAUUUCCAGUGUGGUACAAGAGAGUGCCUGUAGCUGAAGAGCCUGGCUGCUGAAUCAGGCCAGUAGCCCCUCUAGUCCAGCAUCCUGGUCUCACAGUGGCCAGCUAGAUGCCUAUGGGAAUGUCACAAACAGGACCUGAACUGCAGCAGCUCUGGGGGAGAACACAAAUAAAAGGCCCAAUGGCAAAACAAUCUUCUGAUUUAACUUCUGAGUGCGGUAGAGAGGGUGGACAAUUGCAGCCUGCUGAAAGGCCAGCUCAGCAUCUUCGGCCUGGGGCCCCUACCUCCUUACAAACUGUGUACCAAGGUAAUCAUUCGGGCGAGCGGGACACUUCAUCACCCAGUAGCCCUCAGGGACCACUGGCACCACCCUCCAGCCCCAGUCCGUUUGCUACCAGAUCCCCGUUGUUCAUAUUUGUAAGAAGAUCCCCACUGCUGUCCAGAUCCUCCAGUGGGUAUUUCUCUUUUGACACCGACAGGAGUCCUGCACCUAUGAGUUGCGACAAGGCCACACAGACUCCGAGUCCCCCGUGUCAAGCCUUCAGUCAUUAUCUAAGCGCAAUGGGUAAGCUAGACCAUGGGUUUCUUGGAUUACCAAGCAGUAAACCACCAGAUCAUAAUUUUGCGCCUGUUGCAUUACAUCGUCCGCCUCAUAUGGAGAAUGCAGUGACUAACGCACCAAGAGGCAGCUUGGGAUUGUUUACUCGUUUCCAGUGACAGCAACCUUGAACAAAAUGUCUUUGGUCUCUGGGUGCAGGUAACAGGCCUUUCUUGACCCUGGAUACACUCAGCAAAUGAAAAGGAGCAGAAGGACUCCAUAUCAGGCGGUUUGGACCUCUUUGUGGUUUGUUUUUUUUUUUUUGUUU